AUGGCAGAGCGUGGUGAAGGAAAAGCGAUAGGAAGAGAAAAGAAGGCAUUUUUGGAUUUACUGCUCGACGUGCAAGCAGAGGGCAACCUUUCGUACGAAGACAUACGUGAAGAGGUCGAUACCUUCAUGUUCGAAGGUCACGACACUACUGCGUCCGGCAUGGGAUGGACGCUAUGGUGUGUAGCUUGCAAUUCAGACAUUCAAAAGAAAAUUCACGAUGAAAUGGAUGAGAUCUUUGGUAACUUCUUUCUUCUAUACUUCUGA